AUGAGGAACAAUUACACUCCUGUUUCAAAUUCUGAUAACUCUGUCAAAGUGCUCAACUUUGAAAAGUCAGACACUCGUUCUUGGAAUGGUAUUGGUACCCCCUCCUCCGUACUCAGAACAGAAAUAGCAGGAAUGGUGGGAAUGGUCGACCUCGUUGAAGGAAUUGAACUUCUACCUAUUGUUGAGCAAGCAGCUAAUGUUUGA